CGGCCCGGAACCAUGUGACGCAGUAGGCGCUCGGGGCGGCGUGGUCGCGCUGGCGGAGCGGCCUCGGCGCCUGAGUUGGCUGGGUGCUGCCCGAGUUGGCUGGGUGCUGCCCUGGCGACGUCUCCCGGCGGGUCUCGGCCUCUGUGUGCACGCGCCCGCUUGCUCGCGCUCGCGGUCCUGGGCACUGCCGGAAAGGAAUAAUGCUGUCAGCAUGUCUGCACACUCCAUGCUCUGUGAACGAAUCGCCAUAGCCAAGGAACUGAUCAAGAGAGCAGAAUCACUUUCUAGAUCAAGAAAAGGUGGCAUUGAAGGUGGUGCAAAGCUGUGCAGCAAAUUGAAGGCAGAAUUAAAAUUCUUACAGAAAGUAGAAGCUGGGAAAGUAGCUAUUAAAGAAUCCCAUUUACAGAGCACUAAUCUAACACACCUGAGAGCCAUUGUGGAAUCAGCAGAAAACCUGGAAGAAGUUGUUAGUGUUCUUCAUGUCUUUGGUUACACAGAUACGUUGGGAGAAAAGCAGACUCUUGUGGUGGAUGUGGUUGCAAAUGGUGGUCAUACUUGGGUGAAAGCCAUUGGCCGAAAGGCUGAAGCUCUGCAUAAUAUCUGGCUGGGCAGGGGCCAGUAUGGUGACAAAAGCAUCAUUGAGCAGGCUGAAGACUUCCUCCAGGCCAGUCACCAGCAGCCAGUACAGUAUAGCAACCCUCACAUUAUCUUUGCAUUUUACAACAGUGUCUCCAGCCCCAUGGCAGAGAAGCUGAAAGAAAUGGGCAUAUCUGUCAGAGGAGACAUAGUAGCAGUCAACUCUCUGUUAGAUCACCCUGAGGAGCUCCAAUUAAGUGAGAGUGAAUCAGAUGAAGAGGGCCCUGAACUUUUGCAGGUGACCAGAGUAGACCGAGAAAAUAUACUGGCAAGUGUUGCGUUUCCAACAGAGAUUAAGGUUGAUGUGUGCCGAAGAGUAAAUCUGGACAUUACUACUUUAAUCACAUAUGUAUCUGCCCUCAGCUAUGGAGGCUGCCACUUCGUUUUCAAAGAAAAAGUGCUCACAGAACAAGCAGAGCAAGAGAGAAAAGAGCAGGUUCUACCUCAGCUGGAGGCAUUUAUGAAGGACAAAGAGUUGUUUGCUUGUGAAUCUGCUGUCAAAGAUUUUCAGUCCAUUCUAGAUACCUUAGGAGGACCUGGGGAGAGAGAGAGAGCCACUACGCUAAUUAAGCGAAUUAAUGUGGUUCCAGACCAGCCUUCUGAGCGUGCCUUGAGACUAGUGGCCAGUUCGAAAAUUAAUAGCCGCUCAUUAACGAUUUUUGGGACAGGAGACACCCUAAAAGCCAUCACAAUGACUGCCAAUAGUGGUUUUGUCAGAGCUGCAAACAACCAGGGUGUUAAAUUUAGUGUGUUUAUACAUCAGCCCAGAGCACUUACUGAGAGUAAAGAGGCCCUAGCCACUCCCUUACCAAAAGAACACACAGCUGGCAGUGAACACUAAUGAUAUCCUUUAAAUAUUUUCAUGGAAAUAAGUUAUUUAUACCAAAGGCUGGGUCCUCCCAUCUAAACUGGUGAAAAAGAAGGUCUAUAGUAAAAACAGUACUUAGAACUCUUAAACCAGUAGUUUAUUUUGUGUCUCAUCUAUAUUUAAAGUGUGUAACUGCCAAAAGUAGAAAAAGCACAAGAGAUAACCUUAUUUAUCAAACUGUGUGUUAGAGCAAUUAAAAACAGAAAUACAUCUAUGUAAGGCCUUCAGCUAUGUUGUAAUACUUUUGUUUGAUUCUGUAGGGCUACAGCACCCCUACUGGAAUAUGGCUACACUGCAUCUUGCAUUAAAUAUCUGGAGAAAACUC